AUGGCUCCAACUUUGACUGUGACCCACAUAGGCACUGCCACUGCAAUCCUCAAUAUCAACGGUGUCAACUUUCUAACGGAUCCUUUCUUUUCUCCUGCUGGCACAUCGUGGGAUCGAGGCCGGAUAGUUCUGAAGGUGAACGAAGACCCUAGUCUUCGGCUCGACCAGCUUCCCGUGAUCGACGCGGUGCUACUGAGCCAUGAAGACCACCCCGACAAUCUAGAUGAGCUCGGCCGCCAGCUUCUGGAUGGGCGUCGCGUUUUCACUACCGUCGAUGGGGCCAAGAACCUUGCACCUCGUCCUGCUGUGCAUGGUAUGAAGCCAUGGGAAGAAAUCAAUAGCAUCAUUGCAGGCAAGAAAUUCAAAAUCAUCGCAACUCCUACACAGCAUGUUCCUGGAAAUGAAUGCACCGGAUUUAUCGUGACCGGCGAGGACUUUGGAUAUGGCCGUGAUGGUCUACCUAACGCGAUCUACUUCACUGGCGAUACUGUCUAUAUUGAAGAACUGAACUCCAUUGCCGACCGGUAUCAUAUCCGUGUCGCAGUAAUGAACCUUGGGAAUGCCCAUGCCCCCACAUCAGAGGAGCCUAAUGGUCCCCUACUGCAGAUUACUAUGGGGGGCAAAGACGGGGCCAAACUAUUCCGGGCCUUGAAGGCUGAUAUUCUUGUCCCCAUGCACUACGAAUCUUGGGGGCAUUUCACUCAAUUCGGUGCUGAGCUACGUCAGGUCUUUGAGGAAGAGGAGAUUAUUGAUCAAGUCUGUUGGCUGAAAGGAGAGGAAAGAGUUUCGGUUCUCGAGUAG